AAAGCAAGAACAGCACCACUUGAUCACUCAUAGCCCACGUUCCCACUCUCAAUCCCCAAUUCUACAAGUUAUAUAAAGUAUAAACCAAACCAACACAAACAUAAGACGUGCUCUCACAAACAAUACAUCACACACACUUCACUCUUUCUUCUUAAGCACCUCAUCAAGAUCACAUCUCAAAACUUAUAUGGCUCUCGAGACUCUCAACUCUCCGACUUCAGCCACCGCCUCCGCUCGGCCUCUUCUCCGGUAUCGCGAAGAAAUGGAGCCGGAGAGUCUCGAGCAAUGGGCUAAAAGAAAACGCACCAAACGACAACGUUUUGAUCAGAAUCGUCACAGCCAAGAAACGCCCCCUUCGGAAGAAGAGUAUCUCGCUCUCUGUCUCCUCAUGCUCGCUCGUGGCUCCGCCGUACCAUCCCCUCUUCCUCUAUCUCAGCUGUCACGUCCACCGUCCUCCGACCACCGUGGUUACAAGUGUACGGUCUGCGGAAAGUCGUUUUCCUCUUACCAAGCCUUAGGUGGACACAAGACGAGUCACCGGAAACCGGCGAGUAACGUUAACGUUCCCGGUAGUAGCCAAGAGCCGUCUAAUAACAGUCACAGUAACAGUAACGGUGGCUCCGUUGUUAUCAGCGGUAACGGCGUUAGUCAUAGCGGGAAGAUUCACACUUGCUCGAUCUGUUUCAAGUCGUUUUCGUCAGGUCAAGCGUUAGGUGGACACAAACGGUGUCACUACGACGGUGGUAAUAACGGUAACUUUAACGGCAGUAGCAGCAACAGCAGCGUUGAAGUCGUCGGUGGCAGUGACGUGGAUGAUGAAAGAUCGUCAGAGCAGAGCGCGAUCGGCGACCACCGUGGAUUUGACUUGAAUUUACCGGCUGAGCAAGUUGCAGUUGUGAUAUCUUGACGUUGACUCGGUUGGAGAUAGAAGUCAACUUUCAAGCGAGAGGAGUGGGGCUUGGGCGGUGAAAGGUUAACAGUUGCUUCAGAUUGACUGAGUCUGUAAUGAAAGUGAUUGGAGUGGACUUGCUCAAUUUCAGUUGCAUUAUUAUUAUUAAUUUUUUUUUUAAAAGAGGUGUUUAUUUGUUGUUGGAUUUGUUAAUAGAUUGAGGAAACAAUUGGGAUACUGAAAUAUUUUUGUAGAAGAGAAUAAUAAAAAGAAUAUUACAGACA